AUGUCCAUCCCGGACGCGGACUCCCGGAUUGGCCGGAUGCUGGACGGUCUGGCUGCUGCUAUCCGCCGGGAUCGCCAGGAAUGGGUGAUCAAGGAAGAGAGCCAAGCGAUCGUGAAGAUUAUCCAGGACGCCAUCAAGCCGGCGUCGCUGAACCGGGCUGUUGCGGAGCAGAUGGUUCUGUCCCGAAACAAGCCCUUGAAGAAAGAUGUCCGGGAGCGCCGAAGGUUUCUCUUGGAGGAGCCAAGCAGUCUCCGGCAGCCGCACAGCCACCGCCGAAGGCACCGGUGGCAGCCCCGACGGCGGACGUACCGCCAGGAAGACGGUUCGGCGGUGGCUGUCUGA